GGCCGACAGAGUAGUGGUAGACUGGGUAGUAGUGUGUGACAGGCGACAGCAGUUAGUGUUAUGUUAAGUACUACUGGUAGUUGGUAUUAAGAUGGAUCUACAAUCUAGUCCGUAAUCUGUGUUCCUGGAAAUCGUCUUCUCUGAGAUAACAAUCUAAGUAAUUCUUCCGGUUGUAGCAAUACUAUAUUCGAUAAUCUUUGGGUUGGAGUAAAGAAAGAAAGUGAAAUUGUGAUCUGGUCAUUGGAGUUGGUGAAAUGAGCGGUUCAAGUUCUCGGACUGCAGGCGGUGGUUGGUUGAGAUGGUGUUUGGUGAUGUUUGCAGUAACCUCCGCACUGUGCGUGUCUGCUCCUGCUCUUUAUUGGAAGUUCAAUCAUCAACACCACUUGUCAUCAUCUUCUUGUCCUCCUUGCUCCUGCGACUGCCCACCUCCUCCUUCUCUCCUUCAGAUUGCUCCUGGAUUGGCCAAUCUUUCUGUCCCAGAUUGUGGAAAGAAUGACCCGGAUCUGAAGAAAGAAAUGGGAAAACAAUUUGUGGAUCUGCUCACAGAAGAGCUGAAGCUACAGGAGAGUGUUGCUGCAGAGCACGCGCAUCAUAUGAACGCCACGUUGACAGAAGCAAGAAGAGUUGCUUCUCAGUACCAAAGAGAAGGUGACAAAUGCAUUGCUGCUACUGAAACCUGCGAGGCUGCCAGGGAGCGUUCUCAGGAUUUCAUCAGGAAGGAGAUCAAGCUUACUUCUUUAUGGGAGCGCCGAGCUCGCAACUUAGGCUGGGAGGACCAUUAAUUCUAACUUACUCAUGUAUCACCUUCAUACCUCACUUUUUUUUUUUUUUUAAUCAUCUGCUGCUUAUCCUAUUACUACAUUUCUUCUAUAUAUAUAUGAGACUUCCUUACACCGGCUUCCUAUUGCUCCAUUGUAUCAACUUGGUUUGCAUUUGUCUAUAUUCCGAUCAAUUCAAUGUAUUAUAAGAAUCUUGUCUUAUGGCUCACUGCUCAAUUGUCUGAAUCUUGGCUAUGGCGCCUUGGUUAAACCAUGUGUUGGUUGGUAGACUGAUGAGAAAAGUAAAAUGAUGUUCAUCUGCGAA